GAGAGUGGGGGGAGCCGCGGAGAGGCUGCGCGUGGGAGAGGGGCUCCCGGCAGGGGCGACGGCGGAGGGGCGGAGGCGGGCGCUGCGGGGCGGGGCGGGGCGGCCGUCUCAGCCCUCCCUGGCGGGGCCCCGCGGCCUGGGAGCCCGGGCGGGCCGAGCCGUCACCGCGGCCGGAGCUGUCCCCUAGCCAGACCCGGCGAGACGCGAGCGGCGGGAGGGAGGCGGCGGCGCUCCCGGCCCCGCCCGCCCGCCCGAGCGCUGGACGCGGCCCCGCGCCGAGCCAUGGAGCCUGAGCCAGUGGAGGACUGUGUGCAGAGCACACUUGCCGCCUUGUACCCACCCUUUGAGGCAACAGCCCCCACACUGUUGGGCCAGGUGUUCCAGGUGGUGGAGAGGACCUAUCGGGAGGACGCACUGAGGUACACGCUGGACUUCUUGGUGCCUGCCAAGCACCUGCUUGCCAAGGUCCAGCAGGAAGCCUGUGCCCAGUACAGUGGUUUCCUCUUCUGCCAUGAGGGCUGGCCCCUCUGCUUGCAUGAGCAGGUGGUGGUGCAGCUAGCAGCCCUGCCCUGGCAGCUGCUGCGCCCAGGAGACUUCUACCUGCAAGUGGUGCCCUCCGCAGCCCAAGCACCCCGCCUGGCACUCAAGUGCCUGGCUCCAGGGGGUGGCCGGGUGCAGGAGCUGCCUGUGCCCAAUGAGGCCUGUGCCUACCUGUUCACACCUGAGUGGCUACAGGGCAUCAAUAAGGACCGGCCAACAGGUCGCCUGAGUACCUGUCUACUGUCUGCGCCCUCUGGGAUUCAGCGGCUGCCCUGGGCAGAGCUCAUCUGCCCACAAUUUGUGCAAAAAGAGGGCCUCAUGGUUGGACAUCAGCCAAGCAUGCUGCCCCCAGAACUGCCGUCUGGACCGCCAGGACUCCCCAGCCCUCCACUUGCAGAGGAGUCCCUGGGCACCCGGAGUCCUGGGGAUGGGCACAACGCCCCUGCUGAAGGACCUGAGGGCGAAUAUGUGGAGUUGCUGGAGGUGACGCUGCCUGUGAGGGGGAGCCCCAUGGAUGCUGAGGGCUCCUCGGGCGUCUCCAGGACUCGGACAGUACCCACCCGAAAAGGUGCUGGAGGGAAAGGCCGGCACCGAAGACACCGGGCUUGGAUGCACCAGAAGGGUCUGGGCACUCAAGACCAGGACAGGGCGCGCCCACCCGGUGAGGGGAGCAGCACAGGAGCCUCCCCUGGGCCUCCCCCUGGAGCUGAGGCUCUCCCAGGGGCAGCAUCCCUGGACGUAUCUGAGUCCCCAGGAGAGGCACUGCAGGAAGCCUCUGAAUCUUGCCCCAUGAGGCCAGGAGAGGUCAGGGGAGGAGCAGGCCAAGGCACUGAAGGACCACCUGGCACUCCUCGGAGAACAGGCAAAGGAAACAGGAGAAAGAAGCGAGCUGCAGGCAGAGGGGCUCUAAUCCGAGGAGGGGACUGUGCUCCACUGAGGGGGGACAAAGAAGAGACUGACUACCAGGAAACUCUUGUCAGUCUGCCCCCACCAAAUGAGCAUGAACUUCCAGGAUGCAGCCUGGUUAAGGAGGAGCAUGAAGGCCUGGGGACACCAGAGUCUGAGCUGAAACAGGAGCUCAACCCAGAAGAUGAAAAAGAGCCUCGGCCCCCAGAAGCGUGUGGGUGCCUAGAAGAAAUGGCCAGAGAGAAAGAGCAGGAGGCACCCAACAUGGUGGGCACAGCAGGACUCUCAGGUCCAGAAGGGUCCCUGUUGGACCCCCCAGCACCACCCCUGGAGACUCUGCAGGAAGUAGAAGGGGGCAGCAUCCCGGAAGAGGCCCCUCCAGUCCCCAUCACUGAUGACACAGCUAUAGCUUGGGACUUGAUGGCAUCUGGAUUCCUUGUCUUGACUGGAGGGGUGGACCAGAGUGGGCGAGCUCUGCUGACCAUUACCCCACCGUGCCCUCCCGAGGAGCCCCCACCCUCCCAAGACAUGCUGAGCACUGCUCUUCGUUACCUCCACUCACUGCUCAGGCCUGAUCUACAGAUAUUGGGGCUGUCCAUCCUGCUGGACCUUCGUAAGGCACCCCCACUGCCUCCAGCACUCAUUCCUGCCCUGAGUCAACUUCAGGACUCAGGAGACCGUCCCCUUACUGAGAGGCUGCUGCUUCUCACUCAUCAUGAUCCUCCGAUCGAAUUGCAUGGAUUUCAGGGUGCUGAGGUGCUGUCAGAGAAUGAUCUGCAAAGAGUGGCCAAGCCAGAGGAGCUGCAGUGGGACUUGGGAGGUCACAGGGUCCCCUGCCCCAGCCAGUGGGUAGAGACGCACCAGCAAGCAGCAAGGCUGUGCCAUCUGUGUCGUGGUGUGCUGGGCUCCAUUCAGCAAGCCAUCAAGGAGCUGGAAGGCACAGCAGAGCCAGAGGGAGGGGAGGCCAUAGGAAUGCCUGAGCCCCUCCAGAAGGUGCUGGCAGAUCCCCGGCUGAUGGAGCUGCAGAGGGACGGGGGAGCCAUCCUGAUGAGGCUGCGCUCCACCCACAGCAGCAAGUUGGAGGGCCCAGGCCCAGCCACACUGUAUCAGGAGGUGGAUGAAGCUAUUCACCAGCUCGUGCGCCUCUCCAACCUGCAUGUGCAACAGCAGGAGCGCCGGCAGCGACAGCACCAACUCCAGCAGGUGCUGCAGUGGCUCUCGGGCCCAGGGGAGCAGCAGCUGGUGAGCUUUGCCAUGCCAGGGGACUCGCUGUCUGCCCUGCAGGAGACAGAGCUACGAUUCCGGGCUUUCAGUGCUGAGGUCCAGGAGCACCUGGCCCAGGCACGGCAGGCCCUGGCCCUGGAGGAGGACACCACCUCCCAGAAAGUUCUGGAUAUCUUUGAACAGCGGCUGGAGCAAGUUGAGAGUGGCCUCCAUCGGGCCCUGUGGCUACAGCGCUUCUUCCAGCAGGCACAUGAAUGGGUGGAUGAAGGUUCGGCCCAGCUGGCAGGAGUGGGGCCAGGUCGGGAGGCAGUGCUGGCAGCCCUUGCUCUGCGCCGGGUCCCGGAGCCCAGCGCUGGCACCUUCCAGGAGAUGCGGGCCCUGGCCCUGGACCUCGGCAGCCCGGCAGCCCUGCGAGAAUGGGGCCAUUGCCGGGCCCGCUGCCAAGAACUGGAGAGGAGGAUUCAGCAGCAGCUGGGAGAGGAGGCGAGUCCUCGGGAACACCGGCGACAACGGGCAGACAGUGCCAGCAGUGGAGGGACCCAGCAAGGUCCCCACAGCCCCUCACCUAGCCUCAGCUCCCUACUGCUCCCCAACAGCCCUGGGCCACGGGCAGCCCCAUCCCAUUGCUCCCUGGCCCCAUGUGAGGAGGACUGUGAGGAAGAGGGUCCUGAGCCUGUUCCAGAAGCAGAGGGCAAGCCACCAAGGACUGUGCUGAUCCGUGGCCUGGAAGUCACUAGCACUGAGGUGGUAGACAGAACAUGCUCACCCCGGGAACAUGUGCUGCUGGGCCGGGCCGGGGGGCCAGACAGGCCCUGGGGAGUAGGCACCCCCCGGAUGGAGCGCAAGCGGAAUAUCAGUGCCCAGCAGCGUUUGGUGUCUGAGCUGAUUGCCUGUGAGCAGGAGUACGUGGCCGCCCUGAGUGAGCCAGUGCCACCCCCUGGGCCUGAGCUGACCCCUGAGCUUCGGAGCACCUGGGCCGCUGCUCUGAGCGCCCGGGAGAGGCUUCGCAGCUUCCAUCGGAUGCAUUUUCUGCGGGAGCUUCAGGGCUGCGCCACCCACCCCCUGCGCAUUGGGGCUUGCUUCCUUCGUAAUGGGGACCAGUUCAGCCUUUACGCCCAGUAUGUGAAGCACCAGCACAAACUGGAGAAUGGUCUGGCCGCACUCAGUCCACCAGCCAAGGGGUCCAUGGAAGGUGGCUCUGUCCUGCCCCGGGCCCUGCAUCAGCCCCUGGAGCAGCUGGCUCGGUAUGGACAGCUCCUGGAGGAGCUCCUGAGAGAAGCUGGGCCUGAGUUGAGUUCUGAGCGCCAGGCUCUUGGGGCUGCCAUGCAGCUGCUUCGGGAACAAGAGACCCGUGGUAGAGACCUGCUGGCAGUGGAGGCGGUGCGUGGCUGUGAGACAGAUCUGAAGGAGCAGGGACAGCUCCUGCAUCAGGAUCCCUUCACUGUCAUUUGCGGCCGAAAGAAGUGCCUUCGCCAUGUCUUUCUGUUUGAGCAUCUCCUUCUGUUCAGCAAGCUCAAGGGCCCUGAGGGAGGGUCAGAGACUUUUGUUUACAAGCAGGCUUUUAAGACUGCUGACAUGGGGCUAACAGAAAACAUCGGGGACAGUGGGCUGUGCUUUGAGUUGUGGUUCCGGCGGCGGCGUGCACGAGAGGCAUACACUCUGCAGGCAGCCUCCCCAGAGAUCAAACUCAAGUGGACAAGUUCUAUUGCUCAGCUGCUGUGGAGACAGGCAGCCCACAACAAGGAGCUCCGAGUGCAGCAGAUGGUCUCCAUGGGCAUCGGGAACAAACCCUUCCUGGACAUCAAGUCCCUUGGGGAGCGGACGCUCAGUGCCUUGCUCACUGGAAGAGCUGCCCGAACCCGGGCCUCCGUGGCCGUGUCAUCCUUUGAGCAUACUGGCCCCUCCCUCCCUGGCCUCUCGCCGGGAGCCUGCUCCCUGCCUGCCCGCGUCGAGGAGGAGGCCUGGGAUCUGGACGUCAAGCAAAUUUCCCUGGAAACACUUGACUCUUCUGGAGAUGUGUCCCCAGGACCAAGAAACAGCCCCAGCCUGCAACCCCCCCACCCUGGGAGCAGCACUCCCACUCUGGCCAGUGGCGGCAUCUUAGGGCUGUCCCGGCAGCUUCUCUCCUCUCAGAGUCAUUCCCGAGCCCUGAGUGACCCCACCACGCCUCUGUGACCUGAACAGAGAAGCGGUCAAAGGACCAGCGUGUUUUCCUGCUACCACUUUAUCUAACUGACCUCAGCCAGGUGCCUUCCUGCAGGAACCAGGUGUCCACACUUGCUCACCUCCAUACCCUGGAGGUGGGGAAAUUAUCCCUUGUCCAGUCCAUCUUGGGCCACUGCAGACUUCAGGACACUGCUCUGUGUCAACCCUCCCUCAAGAGCCUGUGUUCAGUCCUUCCCACCCUGAUUCUCCCUGAGAAGACUUAUCUCUGCCAGGUCAGCUGUAUCCUGGUGACCUCAUUCUGGGCUGUCAUAGGAAACAGAGCUAUGCAAACCAUUAUGGGAGGGUGGGCAGGGAAUGGCAGACUUUAUAUAUGUAAUUACUGUUAUUAUAAUACUAUUGUUAUAUUAAAUGUAUUUACUCACACUUAGUCUCCUAAGAGCUAGAAGAGACCUCUGGGUUGAGGUGACACUAACUUGAACACUGCUCCUCAUCCAACCAUUAACUAAAACACAGAAAGUAAAGCCAGACCUGUACCCCUUACCAGCCCAAAGCUGGGCCUGGGAGAAUGUACCUCCUCCACAGCAGCUCCCACAGACCCAGGGACGGCACCCUUUGAAGCUCCUCCUCUUAUUCUGCACCCACUUCUUGAGGUUGAGCUGGGCAGUUAUGCUGGAAUCCGGCACAGUCCAGCAGUUCUCAAAAGGAGUCUUCAGACCACAGCGCAGGAGAGUCCCCUAGGCUACUCCUUAAAUAUAAUUCCUAGGUCCCACCCAAGAGCUACUGAAGUCUAAGCCUGAGAAUAAAGGCCAAGAUCCUGCAUUUCUUAUAAAGCUCUUUCGCUGAUAAGUGAGUGCCUGAAGUGAUGAUUUCCUGGACAGAACGGCCCAAGAACAGGAUGUAGACAGACACAGUGCCCUGUGCCUCAAGACACCUGUUUAUUAGAGACACAACUCUGCGAUAGGGAUGACAGAAAUCGUACCAAAAAUAGCGACGUCUACAGGCCCCUGAAGGGGCUAGAAGGGUACAGUGCCCCCACCCCCACCCAUUGUACAAAAAUAAACUCUCAUGCCUAUGGA